CUCGUCUGCUGCUUCUGAUCCACUCGGCGGUCCUGUUGCUCUUUGGGAGCGACGUGUUCCUGGUGGGAGCAAGUUUUUCAAAGGUUGGCCCCUCCCCAUCACUCCAAGUUACAGCCACCAUAAGAGAGUCAUCGCAGCGGAACCUCGGUUUGGUAAGGGAGUGAUCAAACACGCGGGCAAGGCAUACGCCGAUCACGUGUUUUUUACGGAAAUCGGCCGACGUUGAUCGAUGGCCGAUCGAUCGGAGCCUCCCUGGUGUGCGCCAAAGUUUUGUUUGUGUCUUCAUGUGGUGUCAGCUUUGAAAGAAGAUUCCAGAUGACAUGACGGGAUCGCUACUACAGUAUGAUCAUCAAUGCGCCAACACACCAGGACGACGGUCGCCGUCUUAUUGUCAUUCUUCCUGUCUCCCAGCCAAGGACAGCGUGUGCUCUGUCUCUCCAUUACAAGACACAUCAGUCCUCUACCGUCCGUCUGGAUGUCCACACCAAGGACGCAGGGCGAGACCAACCAAAAACCUCAUCUCCCCGUCCUUCUGACACCUGCAGCAUUAAUUACUGCACCUCUCCACCUCAAAGCUGCACCCAUGACCCCCACGGCGAUGUGGCUCACGAUCCACGGUCCACGAUCUAUGAGGUCAAGUGUGUCCGAGACCCCGAGCGUGACGAACGGGAGGCCGGGCGGCUGUGUCCGUCAGGAGGGUCUUUUAGCGCCACCUCUGUCAAGGAGAGAACAUUUCAGCAAGCAUUUUAUUUUGACAGCAUGUCUUCUCAGGGGACUAAAGUAUGGAAAGUAGACUGGGGUGUACUUUAGAGGGGGGGUUCUCACGUGGUCUCAACCUGGGAACACACUUUCAUGUGUUCAUUAAGUUGCAAACCACUUUGGUUUAAGUCACCUGACAUUUUUGUUUAUGUUUUUGUACACUUUCAUUCUUUUAUUUAUUAUUCAUUUGACACUUUUAUUUCAGUUCUUUUGAUUUAUUUCUAUUGUUUUGUACACUUAUUUAAGUCAUGUUUAUAUUUAUUUAUUCCUUCAAUUAUUUAAGUCAAACCAAACAAAAGCAUUGGUUUUAAUUUGUAUUUAUUUAUUUACUUUACACUUUUUUUAUUUGUAUCUACCUCUGCAUGCACUUUCCAAUUUAAUCGGUGCUGCUCAGCCACUCGUGCGCGCUACGCUUGUCGUGUUGUGUUUACAGUGAACUCAUCCGCUGAGCAGUUUGCUGCCUACCGUGAUUACAACAUUGGCUCUAAGUUUGAAACAAGCCUCCAUAUGCUUACUAGUUGGAACGCCGCUGUUUGACAGUGCAAGACUUGUCUCCCGUCGUCAAACAGUCCUUUUCUUUGAACCACCGCGUCCAAAUGUCCCACAACCGAUCCUAUCACAGGCCCCCCAUCAGAUGUCACCCUUUGUUUCAGCAGCCUGUCUGCUCCCAAAGCGUCCACGUCUUUUGUCCCACUUUGCAAGCAAGCUUUCUGCAAUAGAAGGCCGCCCGGUGACACAGUGAGGAGAUAUACAGUAUAUACUGUAUAUAUAUAUAUAUAUAUAUAUACAGUAUAUAUAUUUAUAUAUAAAGAGACACUAUGUGUCUUUAAAUAGCCCAGUUUGUCAGGACAAGGCAGGCAGGGAGACGAGGGGACUGAGAGAGGGAGGGAGGGAGGGAGGUGUUGUAUUUGGACAGAAGACAAGUGCCUUUGUAGCCAAAGCAGUUUGUCUUCACAAGUACGUAAAUGGAAUCGGUGGUGGUUGGCUGUAACUGUGACAGUAAUGGAAGCUCGGUGUCACGGGAUGAAGAAUGGGUUACCUCCGCCAAGGAGUCUAGAGCCGGCGUUUGCUCUUCACACAGAAGCCAAAGACGGACGCACUAAUGAAGCUGUGUGGCUUUCAUGCAGCAAAUUAGACAACCUCGCUGUCAUUCUUGCCAAAAUUGUGGCUGGGUUUUCGUGCUCUAUUCGUACUAUAUUGCACAAGCUAACAAAGCACCCCCGCACGUUGCUGACUCGCUCUGUGCAUUUGUCAUUGAGCGCGACUGCUAAAUAACCCACCAUGGGGCCAAAGAAAGUUGCGGGUGUCAGCAAUUGGAUGAAGAAGGCGAGCAGCUCUAUUGAGUUCCAUCUGGCCAGGAUGUGUGGGAAAGUUCCAUCCAUUCGUCAUUUCUAAUUAUUUCUCAUUCUUAAAAAGGGGGGCCACCACCCCAAGGACAAGAUCAUGGGUACAAGCGUCCCAAAUGAGUUUUCUCCGUAUCCGGGAGAAACUCGGAGUAGAAGCGCUGCGCCUCCGCAUUGAGAGGAGCCAGACGAGGGGGCUCGGGCAUCUGGUCAGGAUGCCUCCCGGACGCCUCCCUGGGGAGGUGUUCAGGGCACGUCCGACGGGUAGGAGGCCUCGUGGAAGACCCAGGACACGUUGGAGAGACUAUGUCUCUCAGCUGGACGAAGUGGCCGGGGGGAGGGAGGUGUGGCCUUCCCUGCUUAGGCUGCUGCCGCCGUGACCCCGCAUCGGAUGAGUGGAAAACAACGGAUGGAAAGAAAACACAUUUUGGGAAAAUGUAUGAAGAUUAUUGAAGAAGAAAGUUGAAAUAGUUAAAAAACAACAACAUAAAUGGGAAAAAGCAACGCUGGAGGUUGAUACGAAUACUAGGCUUCUUCACCCGUAUCACAAAGCUGGGUAGUGUUUUCCAUCCUUCCAUGUUCUUCCGCUUGUCCGGGUCCAGGACGCGGGGGCCGCAGUCUCAGUAGGGAAGUCCAGACUCUUCCAGUUCCGCCGGGGGGACCCCAAGGCGUUCCCAGGCCAGCCGUGAGACAUAACCCGUCCAGCGUGUCCUCGGUUUGCCCCGGGGCCUUCUCCUGCCAGGACGUCCGGUAGGCACUUUAGUUAGGGGAGGCACCAGGUAGCCCCCACGACCACAUGAGGUGCCCGCAAGCCUGCUUUUCAUUCAGGUGUUCAGUUAAUAAUGAAAGAACAGUAGAAAGAAAUGCAUUGUGAAAUACAACAUGUGAGUUGUGGACACCAGCAUUUUGUUCAUGUUCUGGUAAAACAAGCAUAUUCACUUUGUUUGGCUUUAAAAUAAGCUCUGAAAAGAAAUGUUCAUUUUGUAAAAGUAGCUCUCACAAGGAAAAAGGUUGGUGACCCCUGCUGUAGAUAAUAGAGAAGACGUGGCAACGUUCUUCACGCUGUGGGCCAUGCUGGAAAGGUUUGGAGUAUCAAGUCAUGUGUUUGAGUGGUUUGCAGGCUUCAUGACUUCAAAACAUUUUCAUUUCAGGUCUUGAUUGGAUUUCAGGUCACAUGCAACUCCAGACACUACUUAAGUCAAAGACCCAAACGCCCCGAGAAUGAGUGAAGGACUUCCUGCACGGAAGCAGAUGGCCCUGACAAUCUCAUAGCAGAGUAAAGCGUCCACAUUAACAAGAUCUCUCUGGUUCUGUCCCCGCCUCCACCUCCCACUCCAUUAGACCGCCCGCCAGCUCCCGUCAACGUGUCCGUCAUGUACCUCCGAGCCGACUCGGCAACUGUAUCCUGGGAGGUUCCAGAGGGAGAUAUAAUAAUUGGCUUCUCCAUCUCGCAGCAAAGGCAGGACGCGCACAUGCAGAGGUUCAUCCGGGAAGUGAACACCACCAGCCGCUCUUGCGUCCUCUGGGACCUGGAGGAGGAGACGGACUACAUCAUCCAGGUGCAGUCCAUCGGCCUUUACGGAGAAAGCCAAGCGAGCAAGAAGGUCCACUUUCGCACGCUCAAGAAGACGGACCUCUUCCCCUCCAACAGUUCCAAUCAAGACGACCCCACUGUGCAGGGCCUGGACCGGUCCAGACAUCUGCAGACAGGAGAGGUCAUCAUCAUCGUGGUGGUCCUGGUCAUGUGGGCUGCCGUCAUCGCCCUAUUUUGCCGCCAGUAUGACAUCAUCAAGGACAACGACUCCAGCAACAACAAGGAGAAGGUCAAGCCGUCGUCGGAGAGGAGCACGCCGGAGCAUCACAGCGGAGGACUGCUGAGGAGCAAGUUCCACCCGUCUGUGCCGUCCAUCAACAUCAUUGAAGUGUGACGAGAAGAAGGCUGGCGCGGUCGGACGCUCGCCAGCCAGCAUGUCAGGCGAACCUGCGCAAUCCGGCGACAUCCAGGACGACAGCGAAGAAAACACAAAGAUCAUGUUGGCUUAUUCGUGUGCUUUGAGCGUUACCAUGUGUUUGGAACAACCAGCAAGAGCACUCGAUUGCUGUUAGGGAAUUCAGGUGUACCUAAUGUUGUGUCCGAUGAGUGUACAGUCUCCUCUCCUCUCCUCUCCUCUCCUCUUCUCUUCAUUUUUAUUUUUUAUACUAUAAAAGUCAUAUUUUUAUUUUUUUUUACACUUUUAAGUUGUAUUUGAUUUUUAUUAUUGUUUUACACUUUUAAGUAUUUUUUUUU